UUAGACCGUGGAACUACUCCCAUACCUUCUGGUGCUAAUGCAGCUAUUCCUGAGCUCCAAAUGGAUGAGUUUGUGAAAGACAUGGACAUCCUGAUUCGCAACACAGAACGUCACAAGCCCGAUACUCGGUUUGUAAAACGUAUAAAGUAACAUUUAUGCAGAAAUUUUUAAGCUCAUCACUUUUUGGUUCUCAUCCAUCGAAUAUGUCCAAAGUAUUGAUUGUAGGCUCCACUGGCUGGCUCGGCGGCAAGGUUAUGGAAGCUUUUCAGGGCACACAUCAUCAAUUGACUGCCUUUGUUCGUCCUCAAUCGUUAGAAAAUCCCGAGAAAGCCGAUGCUUUCAACAAGUUGAAGGAACGCGGUGUACAAUUGAUUCCUGGAGAGCUCAACAGUAAGGAAGACUUAGUGGCUGCACUUCAAGGCAUGGAUGUUUGCAUAUGUUGUCUUGGUUCUUUCCAAACAACAGAACAAUUUCCUCUCAUCGAAGCCCUGAAAGAAGUCGGCACCAUCAAAAGAUUCAUUCCAUGCGACUUUGGAAUGGACUACCGCCGGGAUCCCCAUGACUUUGCAAUGACCGAAGAUGGUCUCAAAGUCCAUCAAGCCGUCUUUGACGCUAACAUCCCCUACACCAUUAUCGACAAUGGUGCAUUUAUGGAAAUAUCCUUGGGCAAGCUUUGCGAUUGGACUCAACGUAACCCGAUCACCUUAGAGACUACAACUAUUACAAGAUGGGGAGAAGGCAACGUCACUAUCCUUACUAAUUCAGUGAAUGAUAUCGCUCGAUAUGUCGUUCGCACUAUUGAUGACCCUAAUACCAUCAAUAAGCGCAUCAUGAUUGAUGGACAUUCUGCUACCCAAAACCAGCUGAUUGAUUUAUGGGAAGAGGUCUCUGGAACAAAGUUGCAACGCAAGCAAGUCGAUCUGGAUGAAUUACAGGAGAUGAUUAAGAAGGCGGAUGGGUACCCAAAGUUCGGCCUCCAGCUUGCUCGCUGUGGAUUCUUCAGAAAUGGCUUUGUCCGAUCUGAAGACUACCUUUCUUCAUCCGAGUUGUACCCUGACAUUUACAACUCUUCCACAACCAUCAAGCAGUUUUUAGAGCAGCGUUAUAAUUCCUUGAAAUAGUAUAGAGGUCAACAAAUCCUGAACCGCUGCCAUAUUAUUUAAUUGCAAGAAUUAUAUAAAAUAGAAGAUGCCCGAUUAAUAGGACCAUAUUUUAUUAUGUUGAUAUGCUUAACGACUAUCUUGAUACAGUAGUUCCUUCUUGUAUGUAAUUCCGUACAGUGAAUCAAAUAUACUCGGUAUGCUUCGUCACGGAAGCAAAAGACUGCUUCCUGGCCA